AAGUGUUACCGAUGGGAACGGAAACCAAAUAUCUAAACAAACGCAACGCUUGUUAGUUAGUUAGUUAGUACUAAUUCCCAUUCGCAUAACGACAGAGGGCUGAGAAGAUGUUUAAAAAUACGUUUCAAAGCGGAUUCUUGUCAAUUUUAUACAGCAUCGGAAGCAAACCGCUUCAGAUUUGGGAUAAAAAGGUGAGGAAUGGUCACAUCAAGCGAGUUAUGGACAACGACAUCCACUCGAUGGUGUUGGAGGUUGAGGGGGCGAAUGUCAGUACCACAUAUAUAACAUGUCCCGCAGACCCCAAGAAGACAUUGGGCAUCAAACUUCCUUUUCUAGUAAUGAUCGUCAAAAAUCUCAAGAAGUAUUUCACCUUUGAAGUCCAGGUGUUAGACGAUAAAAAUGUUCGCCGGCGGUUUCGGGCAAGCAACUAUCAAAGCACGACAAGAGUAAAGCCGUUUAUCUGCACCAUGCCUAUGAGGCUGGAUGAUGGCUGGAACCAGAUUCAGUUUAACCUGCCAGACUUCACCAGGAGGGCCUACGGGACCAAUUACAUUGAGACGCUGCGUGUACAGAUCCACGCUAACUGUCGAAUAAGGAGAGUAUACUUCUCGGACAGACUGUACUCUGAGGACGAGCUCCCAGCUGAGUUUAAACUCUACCUGCCGGUCCAGAACCCGAAAGCGAAGAAAUAGACCUUCCCAUCCUGAACAAAUCCUCCAGACCUGAUGUGGAGUCACUCUUAAGACUUGCCUGUAUUAAUAAACAUUUUGUAAUUCUGAA